CUCUUUGUGUGGAUCCCCUAUCAUCAUCAUCAUCAUUAUGGUGGAAAUGAAGAGUUACUGUGAAGCUGGCAUCUCCAUGCAGCAGGUCUGGGUGGAGGGCGGCCUGACUCUGUGUUUCUACUUCACCCUGGUCCCCUCUGUCCUCCUCACCCUCCUCUUCCUCUUCGGCACACUGCUGUGUAUUUGGUACAGCCGCUAUGGCACAGAUAUGGAGCCUAAAUUCGUCCCCCGCUCUGGAUUGUACCGGCUGCAGGUGGGCCUGUCGGUGCUGCUGGUCUUGCAGGCUCUGGGCUGGAUGGUGUUUCGGCUGAGCUGGAACGCAGAGCUCCCAGGAUAUGUGGUUUUGUACGGAUGCCUCUCCAUGCUGGGCUGGAUGUGGGCUGUAGUUCUGCUACGUCUGGAGAGAAGGAAGGUUCUGGUGCAGGACAGAACCAGAGGACACAGCACUGUACUGCUUCUUUACUGGGCUGUAGCUUUCGCAGCUGAUAAUCUGGCGUUUGUGUCGUGGAUGAGCACUCAGUGGUGGUGGAGUCUGGAGACGUCUGAGCAACAGAUGGAGUUUGCGUUCUGGCUGGUGAGAUACUUCGGCUCAGGUUUGCUGUUCCUGUUAGGCCUCAAAGCUCCAGGUUUGCCCCGCCGGCCGUACAUGCUUCUGGUCAAUGAAGACGAGCGAGACGUGGAGCACGGAGCACCACUGUUGGGUAAUUCUGAUGAGGAUCAGUCUACAUGGAAAGACUUUGGCAAGAAGGUGCGUUUGUUGGUACCGUACAUGUGGCCUAAAGGAAGUGUUCUGCUCCAGCUGCUGGUUCUGAUGUGCCUCGGGAUGCUGGGAAUCGAGCGUGCCAUCAAUGUGUUUGUGCCCAUCUACUACAAAAACAUAGUGAACCAGCUGACAGACGGGAGCUCCUGGAAGACUCUGGCGAUGACAGUGUGUGUUUACUGUCUCCUGAAGUUCCUGCAGGGAGGUGGAGCUGGCGCGUCCGGGUUUGUGAGUAACUUGCGCUCGUUCCUGUGGAUUCGCGUGCAGCAGUACACUAACCGUGUGGUGCAGGUGCGUCUCUUUGCUCAUCUGCACGCUCUGUCUCUGCGAUGGCAUCUGGGCCGCCGGACAGGAGACGUCUUGAGGAGCAUCGACAGAGGAACAUCCUCCAUCAACAGCCUGCUCAGCUACAUCGUGUUCAGCAUCUUCCCAACCAUCGCUGACAUUGUCAUCGCCAUCGUCUAUUUCAUAUCCAAUUUCAAUGCCUGGUUCGGCCUUAUCGUCUUUGUAUGCAUGGCUCUCUACCUCACUCUCACCAUCUUUAUCACUGAAUGGAGAACCAAAUACAGGCGCGAUAUGAACACACAAGAUAACAACGCCAAAUCCAAAGCUGUGGACUCUUUAUUGAACUUUGAGACGGUGAAAUAUUACAAUGCAGAAAGUUACGAAGUCAGCCGCUUUGAGGACGCCAUCCUGAAAUACCAGGUAUCGGAGUGGAAAACCAAUGCAUCUCUGGCACUCUUAAAUCAAACGCAGAACCUCAUCAUUGGUUUGGGUUUGCUGACUGGAUCUUUGCUUUGUGCGUAUUUUGUGACUGAGGGAAAAUUUCAGGUUGGAGAUUAUGUGCUGUUUGGAACAUACAUCAUCCAGCUCUACACUCCUCUCAACUGGUUUGGAACUUACUACCGAAUGAUCCAGAACUCCUUCAUCGAUAUGGAAAGCAUGUUCAAGCUCUUCACCGAGGAAGAAGAGGUGAAGGAUGAAGUCAACGCAGGAAACCUUUACUACAGACAGGGGAAAGUAGAGUUUGAGAACGUUUUCUUCAGCUAUACACAAGGCAGCAAGGAGAUUCUGAAAGAUGUCUCUUUUACCGUUCUCCCAGGGCAGACAGUCGCUCUUGUCGGACAGUCUGGAUCAGGAAAAAGCACCAUCAUCCGUCUGCUCUUCCGCUUUUAUGAUGUUCAAGGCGGGUGUAUAAAGAUCGAUGGCCAAGACAUCUCAAAGGUGAAGCAGUCGUCUCUGCGCGCUCACAUCGGUGUUGUCCCUCAGGACACGGUCCUGUUUAAUGACAACAUUCGAGACAAUAUCCGCUACGGUCGAGUCACGGCCACUGACCAAGAAGUGGAGGAAGCUGCAAUCGCUGCCGACAUCCAUGACAAAAUCAUAGGCUUUCCAGAUGGCUAUGAGACUCAGGUGGGUGAGAGAGGGCUGAAGCUAAGUGGAGGAGAGAAGCAGAGAGUCGCCAUCGCUCGCACCAUCCUUAAAGCACCGCAAAUCAUCCUCCUGGAUGAGGCCACAUCUGCUCUAGACACUCAGACUGAGCGAAACAUUCAGGCCUCGCUGGCUAAAGUCUGCGCCAACAGAACCACAGUUGUUGUGGCACACAGAUUGUCAACUAUCAUCGGAGCUGACGUGAUUCUUGUUCUUCGUGAUGGCCAGAUUGUGGAGAGAGGAAGGCAUGAAGAGCUGUUGGCAAAGGAUGGCCUUUACUCUGACAUGUGGCAGAAACAGCAGCAGGUGCAGGAUUCAGACUCUGCCUCUGACUCGGAGACUAAAGACAGAAAAUCGGAGAAACUACAGCCACAGACAUCCACUACAGGACAUAGGGGACACUAGACAUAAGGGAAUCGCAAUAAACGCUGGUAUUAUGUGCAUUUUAAGCUCAAAUAGUGUUGUUUAGGCUUAUUAUAAUUUUGAUUAAUAGAUUUUUUUUGUUUGUUGCCAGUUCUUAAAGGGAUAGUUCACCCAAACAAAAAAAUCUGUCAUUAUUUACUUAAACUUCACGUCUCCAAACCUGUCUGAGUUUCUUUUCUGUUGAACGCAAAAGAAGAUAUUUUGAAAAAUGUUAGAAACCGUAACCAUUGACUUCCAUUGAAUUAGUCUUUUCUACUAUAGAAGUCAAUGGUUACAGAUUUCUAACAUUGUUUAAAAUAACUUCUUUUGGAUUCAACAGAAGAAAGAAAGUCAAACAGGUUUGAAACCACUUGAGGGUGAGUAAAUUCUCAUUUUUGGGUGAUUUUAGGGUUUUUACUUUUCUGUAAAGGGAUAGUUUACAUUAUCACAAUUAAUCCAUAGCCUCAGCAAACGGUCAUUUCUAAUGUCAUUUUUCAUAAUUUAUUUCAAAGGGAGAGUUAAGUAACUACAAGUUAUCAUUUUUUGUGCGUACUAUCCCUUUAAUUGUGUAAAGCUUUAUUUAUACACUGCAAAAAACAUGCUUUUUUGUCUUGUUUCUAGUCCAAAUAUCUAAAAAUUCUUAAAUCAAAAGUCAUUUUUGGACGAACAAUAAAUAUUGUCUUGUUUUAAGAAAUAAUACGUCAAAAAUAAGUGAGUUUUUUCCUUAAAACAAGCUUAAUUAUCUGCCAGUGGGGUAAGCAAAAUAAUCAUGACUUUUAUUUUGACCAAUGGGCUCAAACUCAAUUGCUGGAGGGCCACAGCUCUGCAUAGUUUAGCUUCAAACACCUCUAACUCACACCUGCUUAAUAGUCUAUAGCAGUCUUGAACACCUUGAUUAGUCGGAGCAGCUGUGUUUGAUCAGGGUUGGAGCAAAACUGUGCAGAGCUGCAGACUUUCAGGAAUCCAGUUUGAGAGCUAUGAUAUUGACAUAAGAUCAUUUUGCUUAGCCCCUUGGCAGAUUAUUAAGCUUGUUUUAAGGAAAAACUUGCUUCACUUUGAUGUAUUAUUUCCGAAAACAAGACAAUACUUUUGCUUGUCUAGAAAAUGCUUACAAUGUUUUAAAUAUUUGGAUUAAAACCAAGAUGACAAGACUAAGUAAGAAAAGCAUGUUUGCAGUCUAAGUAUAACAUAUUGAAGUCAUUUUAACAUAUUAAGUCUUUCUACUCAUGUAUAUAACAUUAUAAAUUCACUUUGCGGAAAAUGAGUGGAAGGACUUCAUUUGUUAUAAUGACUUCAAUCUGUUAUGAGAGGAUCACAUGAUGUGUAAAUCCCUCCAUUGCUGUAUGUUUAAGACAAUACAUUGCUGACACUUUAGAAGGAUGAAUGUACAGUGCUAUUGUCUAUUUAAAUUCACUUUUUAGGUGAUUUAAGUUGCACUGAUGCUCCUGAUAUGCUUAAGGAAGUUCUGAAAACUGAUUGUAAAUGUAAAUACUUCUUACAACGAAAAACAAUUGUAAUAUAUAUUAUAAUGGCCUGAUUUGAUUUUUAAAUUGACUUAUUUUUUCUGGUGCAGCUAAAUAAGAGUAAAUACAAUACUAUGGAGGCUACGUUUAGGACUUGAGUUAUAAGCAGAAGGGGAAAAACAUUUUCAAUCAGUAUAAUUACUAAGAUUUGUGCUCAUAUUUGUCUGACUGUUUAUUUUCUUAACCAUUUGUGUAUUUAAAGAUCAUAUGCUGUGUGGCUGGAGUGGUUUUCAUUGCUUAGGUGCAAUAAAUAUAUUGUUCUUCAUCAUCCGUUGAUUUAUAAAGGGGGAAAACGCUUUACUGACACUGAACUCAGGGGAUAAGGUUGAAAUGAGCCACUGGGAUGAGUUUUUAAGUCCAUGUAUGUCGGUUUCUAUGAAAUGAAGCUUUCUGGUAGCUUUUUAAAGUAUGAAGUGGUCUCAGAAUUUGCCUUGGGUAAAACAAUACUCGAUAAAGAAUGGCUGAAGUCUGGUAAGGUUUAUUUUAUUGUACAGUUAAGCAACAGAAGGAAUUACAUUUCUAUUAGCAAUGGAUGUAAUUGUAUUUCUGUUAUUAUUGAUCGCAUAGAUUCUGUAUUCUUUGCAUAGAUUUUUGUACAUUAAAAUGCCACAUGUGUUCUGCCUUCAUAUUUUGUAUGUAUUUUAAAUAAAUUGGUGAAAGAGUCU